AUGUCUGGUAAAAAAUUCAAAGGUUCCGUAGUUCAGGAUACUCCUGCAACUUCUGAAGUUGAGAUUAAAGAAGGUCCAGUGAGACCAUAUAUCGUUGUUGACAAAUCUGUCGAGGUUGUUACCAAACGUACUCCUCAUACUUUAAAUGAAAAACUAUUAUUAGCUGUAUUAAUCAUUAUUGCUGUCUUCGUUAGAUUCCAUAAAUUAGGAUGGCCAAAUAGUGUAGUGUAUGAUGAAAACCACUAUGGAAAACUAAUUACCAAAUAUGCUAAGAAUGAAUUUUUCUUAGAUGCUGAGCCACCAAUGGUUAGAUUAUUAUAUAACUUAGUCGCCAAAUCUAGUGGUUAUGAAGGUAACUUCAAUUUCAAUCAAGUCGGUACUCUUUACACUUCAAAGAUCCCAUACAUUGUUUUAAGAUCAUUUGCUGCUACUUUAGGUUUAUUCUCUGUUAUUCUAACCUACAGUACUCUACGUCUUUCUGGUGCUAACCUUUAUGUAGCAUUUGCUACUUCUGUCGCAUUUAUUUUUGAAAAUGCUUUCGUUACUACUUCUCGUCUAAUUCUACCAGAUUCUCCAAUUAUCUUUUUCAUUGCUUUAGCUGUUUAUGCCUUUAAGAAAUCAGAAUUAUACAAGGAUGAAUCAUGUGCUUCUUACAAAUAUGUUACCAUUUCUGCAGUCGCUGCUGGUUGUGCUUCUUCUUCUAAAUGGGUUGGUUUAUGUACCAUCGUUUGGUUAGGUUUAUUAUCCAUUUGGAGAUUCACUUUCAUGAUGGGUGAUUUGACUAAAUCUGUUUGUAAAUCAGUUAAACAUACCAUAAUCAAAGGUAGUAUGUUAAUUGUUAUCCCAGUUAUUAUUUACUUCCUUUCCUUUUACGCUCAUAUCAGUUUAAUGACUAAUGUCUCUAACGAUUCUGAAUUUAUUUCCUCAGAAUAUAAAUCAACUUUGAUCGGUAACGAUGUUCCAAAGGACAUUAAAGUUGAAGUCGGUGUCGGCUCUUCUGUUUCUUUAAGACAUACAGGUACCACUGGUGGUUACUUACAUUCUCAUCAAUUGAAUUAUCCAAAGGGUUCAGAACAACAAGAAGUUACCGUUUAUCCAUUUGUCGAUGAAUCAAAUGAUUGGACUAUCGAAUUAUAUGAUAAGCCAGGUGAGAUCCUUGUUGAUUUCCAAAACUUGACUGACCGUACCAAGAUUAGAUUAUUACAUAAUACUCAUUGUAGAUUGCAUUCUCACGAUCACAAGGCUCCAGUCUCUGAAAAUGCUGAUUGGCAAAAGGAAGUUUCUUGUUAUGGUUACCAAGGUUUUGAAGGUGAUCCAAAUGAUGAUUGGAUCAUUGAAAUCGAUAAAGAUGCUUCUGCUCCAGGUGCUGCUCAAGAACGUGUUAGAGCCAUUGAAACUAAAUUCAGAUUGAGACACGCUAUGACUGGUUGUAUGUUGUUUUCUCAUAACACUAAACUACCAGAAUGGGGUUCUGAUCAACAAGAAAUUACUUGUGCCUCUUCCGGUAUCGAUGAAUUAACCCUAUGGUACAUCGAAAAAAACGAAAACUUCUUACUACCAGAAGAUGCUGAAUUAAUAUCUUAUCCAAAACCAUCUCUCUUACAAAAAUUUGUUGAAUUACAUAAGAAGAUGUUCUAUAUGAUGAAGAAAUUGGAUUCUCCACAUCCAGCUAGUUCGUCUGCUUUCAGUUGGCCAACAAUGUCUCGUGGUGUUGAUUACUGGAGUAACAAUCACAGAAACGUUUAUUUCUUAGGUAACGCUACUCUAUGGUGGUCUGUUUCUGUUUUCUUAGUAGUUUACGCGAUCUUUGCUGUCGUCCAACUAUUAAGAUGGCAAGUUGGUAAGCCAAUCCUACAAACACCAGAAGUCGUCAGCUACCAUUUGGAGACUCUUGAAUUUUUAUUAGGUUAUGCUGUUCAUUUUGUUCCAUUCAUCUUCUUUGGUAACAAUUUAUUCAUCUCUGCUUACUUGCCAGCUUAUUAUUUCGGUAUUUUAGCUAUUGGUUUAGCAUUGAACUCCUUAGUUACUAUUACUUUCAAGAACAGAGCUCACAUUGGUUAUGUCAUCAUUGCAUUAUUUGUCACUUCCAUUAUCUACUUUUUCAAUGACCACAAACCGUUAGCUUAUGGUACUGAAUGGACUCGUGAUCUAUGUACUAAGAGCGUAUGGAGUUCUAGUUGGGAUUACCCAUGUAAGAACUACUUUGGUAACUAUCAUGAAUACAAGGCUUUUGAAUUACCAGAGCCAAGUCCAUUUACCCAAUUAGAGACUCACAUCUUCACUCAACCUAGAAACACUUUAUUAGAUCCAAUUGAAAGUGCUCAACCAGUUGUUAAUCAACAACAACAACAACAAGGUCAAGAAGAAGCCCAAGAUCCAAAUAUUCCAAGUCAAGAAAGAGUCGCUGAACAAGAAGCUCAUUUUGAUGAUAUCAUGAACCAACCAGGUCAAAAGAUAUUUAAGGAUGAAUUUGGUAAUGUCUUGGAUCCAGAAGAAGUGAAGAAGAUCCUAGCAGAAUCCAACGCUGUCAUCAAGGAAAAACACAUCGUCAGCUCUAAUUGA